UCAACACACUAUAGAAAUAUUCGCACAGUCAAAUAUAAUCUAUUAAUACAAAUCCAAUACACUAUAUCAAAACAUCUCAUGUGAACUACGGCGGCGAUAGCAAAAUGAAUGAUCCAAAAGAACACUUGAAGUUAGAGUUUAAAGAAGCAUUUUUACUGGUUGAUAAAACUGAUACGGGACUUAUACCGAAAACAGAACUUGGAAAAUGUGUCCGAGCCUUAGGACUGAAUCCUCCAGAAAUAGAAAUAUCAGCAAUUCAAGGAACGGUUGAUCCAGAAGGUAAUGAAUCAAUAGACUAUGAGACGUUUCUUUCAUAUGUGGAGAACAAGGCUCAAGAAGUUCACCCAGACGAUGAACUGCGAGAAGCUUUACGUGUUUUUGAUAGAGAUGAUAAUGGAUAUAUUAGUGCAGAAGAGUUAAAGCGAAUGAUGUUAACAUCCGGUGAAAGUUUAACGGAAGAGGAAGCAGAUGAGAUGAUGAAAUUGGCGGACAAAGAAGGAAAUGGACGAGUAAACUAUGAUGACUUCGUUAAUAUGAUGCUAUCCGUUUGAUGACUACAGCACAGUUUUAUGCCUUUUUACAAACAUUUAUGCUGCGAAGUGUUCAGUACUGCAUGGACAGUAAAUGGAUAUAGCAUUUAAGAUGAACAUGAACUUCAUGUUAGACAUAUAUAAACUGAAUGUAAUAUCCAUGAUCGUUAAACAGAACAAUAAAUCUUCUGCAAUAAAACACCUUUUUUCGUAACAGCA